CCUACUGAGAUGGCGCAAUUUUCGAAAGACGCGGUAUGGUAUGGUUCGCCCGCGUUACACUUCAGUCGCGUUGGUGGCUGUAUGCGAUUUGACGUAUUCCGUGCCGUGCGCGGUGAUGACACUUGUCAACUUAUUUUAUGAAAUGUCAAACGUUUUACAUGCAUUGCGCGAGUGAAUGAUAAACAAAUUAACAGUGAAAUUGAUUUAAAUGCAGUGAAUUUCUUAACGGUGACAUGGACUGUUAUUACUCGAAAUAUUAUCCGAGGCGUAAGUGUCAAAUGGAAAGUUUCCAGCGGUGAUCAAUUCGCACGAUGCACCCCGCCGGGUACUACGCUAACAUCGCGAGCGGCGCGCUCGCAGCCGGCACGAUUGCGUCCCCGUGGAGCGCGGCGGGCUCGGGCGGCCCGGACGCCAAGCACCUCGACGUCGGAGACGCCAGUGACGAUGAGAAGGACCUGUCAGCUGCAGAUGCAGAGGGUGUUUGGAGUCCAGACAUCGAGCAGAGCUUUCAGGAGGCGCUGGCCAUCUACCCCCCGUGUGGCAGGCGCAAGAUCAUCCUCUCCGACGAGGGCAAGAUGUACGGAAGGAACGAGCUCAUAGCGAGAUAUAUUAAGCUAAGGACAGGAAAAACCCGCACAAGAAAACAGGUCUCGUCACACAUACAGGUGCUGGCGAGGCGGAAGCUGCGAGAGAUACAGGCCAAACUCAAAGUGCAAUUUUGGCAACCUGGUCUACAAGCAGGCACUUCGCAAGAUGUGAAGCCGUUCCCUGGCGCGGGCUACAAGGGUGUGGGCGUGGGCGUGGGUGUCGGCGUGGGCGUUGGAGGCGCUGCCGACGUGGCGCCACCGCCGUGGGAGGGCCGCGCCAUCGCCACGCACAAACUCAGAUUAGUUGAGUUCUCCGCCUUCGUUGAGCAUCCUAGAGACACGGAUACGUACCCCCCUAGUACGACGCCGGCGCAACACCUUUUUGUCCACAUAGGUGGCACAGUUACCUACGCGGACCCCCUAUUAGAAUCAGUAGAUGUUCAACAAAUAAACGACAAAUUCCCUGAAAAGAAAGGCGGCCUAAAAGAGUUGUACGAGAAAGGUCCGCGGAACGCGUUCUUCCUCGUCAAAUUUUGGGCUGACCUCAAUACAAAUAACUUGGAUGACCCCGGCGCCUUCUACGGGGUCACUAGUGUGUACGAAAGCAACGAGAACAUGACAAUAAUGUGCAGCACGAAGGUGUGCUCGUUCGGCAAGCAGGUGGUGGAGAAGGUGGAGACGGAGUACGCGAGGUUCGAGGGCGGCCGCUUCGUGUACCGCAUCCAGCGCUCGCCGAUGUGCGAGUACAUGGUCAACUUCAUACACAAGCUGAAGCACCUCCCCGAGAAGUACAUGAUGAACAGCGUCCUCGAGAACUUCACGAUACUACAGGUGGUGACGAAUAGGGAUACUCAAGAGACAUUAUUGUGUGCAGCGUUUGUGUUUGAAGUGUCGAACAGUGAGCACGGCGCGCAGCACCACAUCUACAGGCUCGUCAAAGACUGAACACCACGCCACAACACCACACCACAACACACCACAACACUACACAACACCAUACCACAACUCUGUCCUACCACACACGAUUCUAAUUUGUUAGAAAAAAUAUUCCAGAGCUGGGCUCUUGUUAUUCUAUCUGUCUGUGACUUUUCUUUGACUAAUUUCUUUGUCUUGUGCAAGUUUGGAUUUUUGUUUCAAAAUUCGGAAUGUUUUUUUUUAAUUUGGUGUUAAAAUUUGAAAUUGUUUGAAAUAAUUUAUGUAAUCUCCGAAUCGUGUAUGGUCAAAUUGGCCAACUAUUUUGUGGACCAUUCAGUAUUUACACUACACAGACAUAUGAACAGACGCGACAGAUUAUAUUCAAAGUGGGACGAAAAGAUCGUUGUUAUCGACAUUUUAGUGAUGCAAAUGUAGAGAAAAAAAAUGUGAUCUGAGAAAUUACGCUACAAGUAUUUUUGUAAAUGGAGAUUUAUGUAUAGCUCAAUUUUUAAAUAUCAUGUAUCAUAUAGUGACAACGGACGUUCGGAACGAUUUUGUCUAUGGUUAAAUCUUUAAUGGAUCACAAAAGAAAAAAAACUUUCACAAAAUCUAACCUUAAAAUUUCGUGUAAAUUACCAAUAUUAAGAAAUUUAUAGAUUUCAACACACAGUGCCUCUAUAAUUAUGUUACAUUAACAUAAAUUACUUGAGCAUUUUUAGCAUUUCCACUGCACGUUGUAACGUCCCAGUGGAAAUAUUAAAAUUUAGAAUACUGCGAUUCAAUACAUAGGUUUGUUAAGUAUUAUUAUUAAGACGUCUAGAAAUUCUGAUUCUUUUAAGUGCUCUUGGUACAAUUUAAUAUCUUAUUUUGUUGGUCAUUUUUUAAUGAUUUCGAAACAUCGUUUGCGACAUAAAUCGUAAGGAACGUAAUGUGGCAGCUUUUUUUUUUACUUUUGUAUUUUGAAUGUUUCUUUACUUUUAAGAUCGUUUUGUAUUUGCCACGUAUGUCUUUGCCACUCGGUUAUAACAUUGUACAUACUACAGUUAGACAAUCAAGGUUGUUAUUAGGGAUGCGAAAGUGUACAUAUAUCGAUAUUCAUGUCAAUGUCAAAUAAACAUCAAUCAA